AUGUCAUCCUUUCUCUCAACUCUCCUCUUUGGAUCACAAUCACAACCACAAAACAUUCCUUCUCGUAACCGAAGUCAAAGUGGUGCUAGUGGUGGUGGCUCUCCAUCCUCCUCCUCCUCAUUAUUAUUAACAUCAUCAACACCACCACACACAUCAUCACUCCAUUCCUCUUCUACUGCACCUACACUCCCUUUCACCACCAUCUUGCUAGCCUCAUCACCACCACCACCAUUUAAAUCUCACGGAGUUUUCCCUCCAACAACAACAACAACCGCCACCAGCAACACUACGACCAGUAAUCCCUCCUCCAACUCCUCCAAUAACAACAACAACAUGGCCUCCUCCUCCUCCUCCUCAUCAACACCAACCACACCCAAUGCCACCACUCCUCCUCUCAUUCUCACCUUUUCUCCACCACUCUCAAAUAAACAAUGGAUUGGUCGAGAAGUAGAACUCUCUCAAUACAUUUUCAAACUCUCUCAUAAUCCACUCUCUUUCCGAAUGGAUGAUCAUUUCAUUCAAGAAAUGGAAAUGCAACGACAUGAACGAAGUGGACUCAUUCAUCCACAACAUCCCUAUCACUUUGAUCAAUAUUAUUCAUUAUCACAAGUGAAUACAUUGAGAAUGUAUGAUAUUAAUCUCAAUUCCAUGUAUUCUAUUCUUGUUCCCAAAUAUGUAGAUGAUAUUACCUUUUGGAAGAGUUACUUUUAUUGUAUUCAUCGAAUUCUAUAUACAGAUUGUAUUGAAGAAUUAGACGAAGAGAUUUGUGAGUUAUAUAACAAGAGAAGAAGACAACAAAUGGAGAGAGAACUUGAAUUACAAGAAUAUUGUAAUGCCAUUGAAAGUGAUUGUAAAUAUAUUUUAACUUUAAUUGAAAUUGAAAAUGAAAAUGUACAUAGAAUUUUGAAAAAGGAACAAGAAUUAGCAAAUCGAGUCAUUGAAGAAAUCGAUCGACAAGAAGGAAGAUCUACCACCAUCAUGAAUGAAACAACGAGUGAUCCAUCCUCUCAUUCGAUCAGAUCUGAGAUGAGUGGUGUUGAUGUCAAUAAUGGUGGUGUUACUAGUGAUCAUGACACGAAUACUCAUGAGAGAGUGGAAUGCACUCAGGACGAACAUACAAACAAAGAAGCAUCAGCAACUAGUGAUCAACCUAAAGGUGAUACUCCACUCAUUGCUGAGAUGAAGACAAGUGAAGAGAGUUCUAUGAAUACUACAAAUACGACAACUAUUUUGAAUGAAAACAAUACCAAUUCCACACAAUCACCAUCCUCACCUUCCACCGAACAAAAAACAAAUCAUCAAAAAAUUGAAGAGAAAAUUAGAGAAGUGAUUGAAAUCAAAAAGAAAUUAUCUCUUUUAUCCAGUGAAGUGAUUACCAAUGAAACAUUGAUUGAAAGAAUUGCACAAUGUAAUCAUUGUUUCAUGACUACAUUCACAGAAUAUACAAGAUAUAAGGAUUUGUUAAAAGAAUUACCAGAUUCACAUCCACUGUAUGGAACAAGUGUUGGAGGAAAAUUGAAUAUUUGUUCUCACUCUUCAUUUUCACCUUUAUUGUUAAAGACCAAUAGAACACAUCCAAUUACAACUGAAUUUCAAAGGAAAAAGAUUGUAUCGAUAUUACCUGCUCGAUUUCAUUUAAGUAAUUGGGUGUUGUUGUAUAGCACUUUGGAACAUGGAAUUUCAUUAAGAACUUUAUAUAGAAAUACUCAAAAUGUUGAUCAAUCUAUUUUAAUCAUCAAGACCAUGGAUGGACAAGUAUUGGGUGCAUUCAAUCCAGUACCAUUGAAUGAAUUUGGAAAUAAGUAUUAUGGAAGUGGUGAGAUUUUUCUCUAUUCUUUCAAAAAUAAUACUACUCUGAGAGUGUUUCGAUGGUCUAAAUUGAACGAAUUCUUUAUGAGAUCGAAUGAUUUCAUGAUAUGUUAUGGAGGUGAUGAGGUUGGAAGAUCUGCUCUCAUGAUUCACGAAGACUUGACGACUGGAAGCACAAAUAUAUGUUUGACUUUUGAUAACAUGGAAGAUGGUCCAUUAUUGGAAAAAGUGAACAAGGAAUCCAACAACUCGGAAUCAAAACCAGGAAUGGUUCGCUCUCAAUCCAUCACAACCUUUAGUACGGAAGUUGAGUUUGAAAUUUAUGCUUUGGAGAUUUGGGGCUUUGAGGAGCAUACCAAGAAAGCAUCAACGAAAAAAGUCAGCUCAGCAAAAUCUUCAUUCAUUGAUUAUACUCAAUAUUAA